AAAGUUUUGCCAACGACGUGUGCUUUCCACGUCUCCUCUCUUUUUAUUCCAAUUUACAUAUUGAAUUUGGAUCCAAAAGCUCAAUAUGGAUGAAAUUGAUGGACUUGGUCAGCUCACUGAUUUCCGUCGCCUUUGCAGUGAUCUCACGUUGCAGACGAAAAAGGAAGGAUUCUUUAAGGAUUACUUGGCGUCCAUUGUUGAUCAAGUGAGCGAGGAAGAAUUUCAAGAAUUCAGCAAACAACAAACGGAUUAUGAUCGCAUUCGCUAUUGCUGGACCCUCCCGGCGUUACACAAAACGAUGAAGAGCUUCCGGCCUUCUUAUCGUGGCAAAUCGGCCGAUGAGUCAGCCAAACGACGUGAGCAAGGCAACGAAGCUUUUAGAGAAAAAGAUUAUCGCAAAGCCUUGGUCAUGUACAAUCAGAGCAUCGCCUACGCCCCAUACAGUUCGCUGUUGGAGAAGACGACAUUGGCCUUGGCCUUGGCUAAUCGUUCAGCUGUUUUGGUCCAUUUGAAAGAAUACCAACUGGCUGUUCGCGACAUCCAACUGUCCCUGCAAUCCAACUACCCCGAAAAGCAGCGUUACAAACUCUACGACCGAAUGGGCUUCUGCCAUCAACAGAUGGGCGAGACGGCCAAAGCUCGUGUGGCUUACACGGUGGCGUUAGAUUGUCUUGCAGAGAGCGAUUUGGAGUUGCACGCGUUGGAAAAUUGGCGUCAGACGAUCGAAAAGAGCCGAUCAAAAUUGCCAUCGAGCAGCAAUCCGUCAAACAAGGCAACGAUGACGAACGAGCUGCCGGAAUUGUUGGGUGGGGCCCAUCCUACCAUUGCGAACGCAUCACGGAAUUUAUCUUUGAAAAUGGACGACAACUGCGGCCGUUAUUACGUGGCAGCUGACGAUAUCAAACCGGGUCAGACGUUGGUGUGCGAGAAACCGUACGCUGCGUGUCUCCUUCCUGGAAAAUUUACAAGUCAUUGUCAUCACUGUUUCGUUCGAUUGAUUGCUCCGUUGGGAUGCAUGACGUGUCGUGGCGUCUUCUAUUGCAGCGUCGAAUGCAGAGAUGAGGCCGGCUCCACUUACCACCAAUACGAAUGUGGGAUCGUGGAUAUUUUGACAGCGUCUGGCUCUUCCAUCCUCUCGUGGAUUGCCUUGAGGAUUUUGACAAAAGGCAAAUUGGAAGACUUCCUCGCAGCGCGUCAGCAACUGGAGAAGGGGAGGCUUGUCCAGCAAGCAGACAAUUACAGUUGCAUCUAUCAUCUUGCCACGUUGUCUCAUCUGCGUUCAGACAAGGAUUUUUUCGAUCGUACUUUUAUGGCUUUGUUCCUGUUCCAGUGUCUGAGAGCCUCUGGAUUUCUACAGACACGCCAUCGCUACGAAGAAGACGCACUCAACAUCACCGACGAUGAAAUUUACAUAGCUUCUUUGCUUCUGCGUCACUUGCAGCUUUUACAGUUCAACGCGCACGAAAUUCAUGAAUUUGUGCAACUGAACGAGAAGAAUAUGCGGAGCACCAAGACCGUCUACAUCGGCGUGGGCAUUUAUCCGACGGUCGCCUUUUUUAAUCAUAGCUGUCGACCGGAUGUGGCAAGGUAUUUUCUGGGCACGGCUAUGGUUAUCACUUCAUCACGUUCCAUUCGUCGUGGUCAAAUGGUUGCCGAAAAUUACGGGCCCAUUUUUACUCACAAACAUCUGGCCGAUCGACAGCAAAGUCUUUUAGGAAGGUAUUGGUUUCAAUGCAAAUGUCCUGCUUGCGAAAACGAUUGGCCCGUCUACGAUGGCAUGCCCGACAUGGAAUCUGUCUUGAUUUGCUGUCCCUUAUGCCGAGGACCUGUUCAAUCCGUCAAUUCGUCUUACGCUCGUUGCACAAAGUGCAAGAAACAAUCGCUGUGGGAAGCCAUUCGACGGCCUGUAGACGAAAUCUCUUCGCUCUACCAGACGGGCAUGCGGAUCAUGGACUCGGGCCAGGUGGAUAAAGCCGUCCAGGUCCUUAGUUUAUACAUUGAAAUGAUGGAGACGUUAGUGGAUGAUUUGCCCAUCCGCGAACUGUUUCUAGCGCAAGAAGCCCUUCGUCUGUGUCUCGGCACCUAUGGCACGAAGUACGUGGCAACGUCGCAUCUCUCGUUCAAAGCAGCUGGGGCCAAUCUAAACGUGUAAUUCGACAAUGAUUUUGUAUUGCGUGUCGACAUGUUGAUCCCAUACACUAGACAACUUCUA